AUGAGGAAGAAUGCCAGAGGAUGCAGGAGGAACUGGAGCUUCAGAAGUCCAAGUGGUGAUUGCCUGAUUGGUAUUUUCGUCGUUUUGACUUUUGAAGAUAGCCACUUUAGUAAAUACUUAAAGCAUUCUAUGGUGCAGGAGGAGAAGCAAAGAGCGUUGUUACAAUUACAGUGGAAAGUAAUGGAAGAAAGUCAACAAGUUGAUCAAGAAGUGAACUCUAAGACGGAUGUAAACUUACCUGGGAUUUUAGAAUCACCAAUUUCGAACAUGUUGAGAAAGGUAGACAAAGUGUCUCAGAACAUUCCUAAACAUAGAAAGGUAACACACCAUGAAUAUGAAGUUGAGACAGCAAAUGGAAGAAUCACAAAGCGCAGGAAAACUAGGAGCACUGUCAUGUUUGGUGAACCGAACACUCAGAAGUCUUUGCAUAAUACUGCUGACAAAGAUGUUACAAAAAUAAAAAAGGUUCCUACAGGAUCCCGUGCACAUCCUGCAAACCUCGGUGAAUUAUUCUCUGAGGGUUCCUUGAAUCCAUAUGCUGACGACCCUUAUGCUUUUGGCUAG